AUGUUAAUUAAAGUAAAGACUUUAACUGGCAAGGAAAUUGAACUUGAUAUUGAGCCAACAGACAAAGUGGAUCGAAUCAAAGAAAAGGUAGAAGAAAAAGAAGGAAUUCCUCCGCCACAACAACGUUUAAUUUUUGCUGGGAAACAAUUGAGUGAUGACAAAACUGCUCAGGAAUGUAAAGUAAAUUUGAGGGGUUUUUUAAUUUUUUUGAAAUUUUUGUUGGAUUGGGUGAAUCUUGGUUGUGAUAUAUAAUAUAAAGAGGGAGUAAUACUGAUCUCUUGUCCUCCAUUUUCUUCUCAAAAUUUAUUUUUAUUGGGUUUCCUAGGAGGGAGGGAAGUUGGACCAUUAUGUGUAGGGUUUUGGUUUUCGAGUCGCACCCACGUUCGGAUCAUUUUUACGGCUUUAUUUUUUUCGGGCUGUCCCGACCGAUUCUUUUUUCGGGCCAAAAUUCGAUGCCCGACCUGAUCUUUCGGGCUGGACCGGGCCC